UUAUUUUGGUUUACCCUGUUCCCGUGCUGACGCCAUUAGACAAAUCGGCACUGGAAAUGGGAAUUAGUACUUUGUAAGUUCCAGGAAAGCUCAGUUAACAAAGCUGGAUUUUGCGGAUAUCAGGAUCGUCGCGGUGGAAACGAGCGCCCUGGCAGGCUGAGUGGCCUUUGGUCAGGCGUGAGCCAGCGGAGGGUGGGAGGGAAGGGGACAUUUAGAAGUUCUGUUUGAGCGAGGAUGACUGAUUUCCAGCCGAAGUGGUGCUGUGAGUAUUGCACAUACGAGAACUGGCCAUCCGCCAUCAAGUGCACUAUGUGUCGUGCCCAACGGCUCACAGGCCCCAUCAUCACAGAGGAGCCGUUUAAGAGCAGUCCGAGUCUCACGUCACACCUGUGUUCCACUCAGGAGGGCUCCAGUGUUCUCAUUUGCCCUGAUUCGAGUGCCCGACCACGAGUACGUGUGGCUGACGAGGCACCAGAGAUUGCCAGCAAAUGGUCAUGCCACAUGUGUACCUAUCUGAACUGGCCUCGUGCUAUCCGCUGCACUCAGUGCCUCAGCCAGAGGCAGCAAGGACCACAGCAGGGCCCUCACAGGCCCUCAGAUGGCCCACACACCUCUGAACCAGGCUGUCGACUUCCUGCACCAGCGGCCCCUGACCCUUGUGAGGAAUACAAUGACCGUAAUCGCCUGAACACGCGCAUACAGCACUGGGCUUGCUCAGCCUGCACCUAUGAGAACUGGCCCAAGACCCUAAAGUGUGUCGUAUGUGACCACCCUAAGACGAGCGAUGCUGUGCUGCAGGAGCCACAGCCCGAGAGUACCAUGGCCCUGUCUAUAGUGAACGAGCAGGAGAGGACAGCAGGGGGAGGGGGUAUGGGGGGCAGUAAAAUGGCUCCGAGGAGGCUUUCGCCCCCUGUGCCUGCUGGCCAGGCAGAAGUGCAGAUUGAACUGGCAUCUGGAGCAGUGGGUGCCCAAGAAGAGCACAAGACUGACUUUAAGAAACUCAAGCAGAUCAGGAACAGGAUGCGGAGGAUUGACUGGCUCUUUCUGAAUGCAUGUGCAGGUGUGGUGGAGGGCGAUUUGGCUGCAGUUGAAGCCUAUAAGUCAUCAGGUGGCGACAUCGCACGUCAGCUGACCUCAGAUGAGGUCCGCCUGCUGAAUCGUCCAUCUGCGUUUAACCCUGGCUUCACUCUGGUGCACCUUGCUAUCCGCUUUCAACGCCAGGACAUGCUCUCUGUACUCCUCACAGAGGUGUCCCAGCAGGCAGCUAAGUGUAUUCCAGCCAUGGUAUGUCCUGAAUUAACAGAGCAGAUUCGUCGAGAGGUGGCUGCUGCACUACAUAGGCGUAAAGGAGAGUUUCCCUGUUACUUCUUCACUGAUAUCACUACCUUUACACUUCCAGCAGAUAUUGAAGACCUGCCUCCUAAUGUCCAAGAGAAGCUGUUUGAUGAGGUGUUGGAUCGAGAUGUGCAGAAAGAGCUUGAAGAGGAAUCUCCAAUCAUAAACUGGUCUUUAGAGCUCGGCACACGAUUGGACAGCCGGCUGUACGCUCUGUGGAACCGCACUGCAGGAGAUUGCCUUCUGGACUCGGUGCUGCAGGCCACGUGGGGCAUCUACGACAAAGAUUCUGUACUGAGAAAGAGCCUGCAUGACUGCUUACAUGACUGCUCCCACUGGUUCUACACCCGCUGGAAGGAGUGGGAAUCCUGGUAUUCUCAGAGUUUUGGCUUGCACUUCUCACUGAGGGAAGAGCAGUGGCAGGAAGACUGGGCUUUUAUUUUAUCCCUAGCCAGUCAGCCGGGGGCGAGUUUAGAGCAAACUCAUGUGUUUGUGCUGGCUCAUAUUCUUCGCCGGCCCAUCAUCGUGUACGGCGUGAAAUAUUACAAGAGCUUCCGAGGGGAGACUUUGGGAUACACUCGCUUCCAGGGGGUGUACCUGCCCCUGUUGUGGGAGCCGAGUUUUUGCUGGAAGAGCCCCAUAGCACUGGGUUACACAAGAGGCCACUUCUCAGCACUGGUUGCCAUGGAGAAUGAUGGCUAUGACAACCGUGGUGCGGGCGCUAACCUAAACACAGAUGAUGAUGUCACGGUCACUUUUCUGCCCUUGGUGGACAGUGACAGGAAGCUGCUGCAUGUUCACUUCCUGUCUGCCCAAGAGAUGGGAACAGAGGAGCAGCAGGAGCGUCUCCUGAGGCAGUGGCUGGACUGUUGUGUGACUGAGGGUGGAGUGCUGGUGGCAUUGCAGAAGAGCUCGAGGAGGCGGAGUCAUCCUCUCGUCACACAGAUGGUGGAGAAGUGGUUGGACGGAUAUCGGCAGCUGGGCACUUGCCCUGCCCUCUCAGAUGGCGAGGAAGAAGAGGAAGAUGAAGAUGAGUGAGGAGAAGCGGUUUCUCUUUACUCAGAGACUCGGUGCACCUUUACCCCUCCUUGCGAGGAACACACACUAAUGUACCAUUAUUUAUCCUUGUCAUAUGUAUAUACACACAUUCUUACUCUUCAGCAAACCGGUGGUCUCUUCUCAUCAAUGAUGCAAAAAAAAAGAUAUUGGCCAACAUGAAAUAAAAGAAGUUAGGUUACAAAUUGUA